AUGACGAACAGAAGCAAGAGCAAGUGGCCCACGUUUGACGGGCGAGCGGAGGAGUACGAACUCUGGGAAGAGCGGAUGCUGUGCUGCAUGCAUGGAGCGGGUCUGAAAAGGACUAUCCUGGAAGAACCAGCGGGACCCAUGACGGCAGAGCAGCGGGCCCUGGAUGACAAGCUGAACGCCGACGCAUAUUGCGCGUUGGCGCCGCUUCUCGACAACACGAGUCUCGGACUUAUAUUCAGGGAGACAAAGGAUAAGGGCCGGGAAAGCCUCAAAGUAUUGAGGGAACAUUAUAUUGGCAAAGGUAGGCCCCGCAUCGUCUCCCUGUACAUAACAAUGACUGCACUGAAGAAAGCUGACACAGAGACUGUGACGGAGUAUAUUAUCAGGGCAGAGCAGAUUAUUACCGCGCUUAAAAGCGCAGGUGAGGCGCCAAGCGAAGGGCUGAUGAUGGCGAUGAUUAUGCGGGGACUACCAGAGAAAUACAAGCCGUUCACGCUGAUGGUGACGCACGGCUCAGUGAACAUGUCGCUGGGAGAGUUCAAGGCCAAGCUGCGGAACUUCGAGGCCGCGGAGGACACGGACGCAGCCGCCGAGGAGGCGGAAGAAAGGGUGCUGAAAGGGCGGGCGGCGCCAAGGAGGAGAACGAGCGGACCCCCGACGGAGCUGACGUGCUGGAGAUGCGGGGAGAGCGGUCACCGGAAAGAUGCCUAUAAGGGAUUAGUGUCCAUACUGGUUCUACUGGACCUCAGUGCUGCUUUUGACACUAUAGAUCAUGGCAUUUUACUGCACAGGUUAGAGCAUGUUGUUGGGAUUAAAGGGACAGCUCUAUGUUGGUUUAAAUCAUACCUAUCUGACAGGUUCCAGUUUGUUCAUGUACAUGAGGUUUCUUCAGAACAGUCAAGGGUCUGUUAUGGUGUUCCGCAGGGUUCAGUGCUAGGGCCAAUCUUGUUCAGUUUAUACAUGCAGCCGUUGGGAAGUAUAAUCCAGAAUCACGGCAUACACUUUCAUUGUUAUGCUGAUGAUACGCAGCUCUAUUUGUCUAUGAAGCCGGAUGAAACAGAACCGUUAGUUAAACUUCAGGCAUGUCUUAGGGACAUCAAGGACUGGAUGUCCAGAAAUUUCCUGCUUCUAAAUUCAGAUAAAACAGAGGUUAUCAUUCUUGGUCCAGAGCAUCUUAGGAAGGGAUUAGAUGGUGUUGCGAUGGCUUCCAGUGCAACUGUGAGAAAUCUUGGUGUUAUUUUCGAUCAGGAUUUGUCGUUUAAACCAUAUGUCAAUCAGGUUUGUAAAAUAGCCUUUUUCCAUCUCCGUAAUAUUGCAAAGAUUAGGAAAAUCCUCUCACAGAGUGAUGCAGAAAAACUAGUUCAUGCGUUUGUAUCUUCUAGACUAGAUUACUGUAAUGUGUUGUUAGCAGGAUGUCCAAGUAAUUUGCUGAAUAGGCUCCAGCUGAUCCAAAAUGCAGCAGCACGAGUACUGACAGGAAUUAGCAGGAGAGACCACGUCUCUCCAGUGUUAGCGUCGCUCCAUUGGUUACCCGUAAAAUUCAGAAUCCAAUUUAAAAUUGUAUUACUUGCGUAUAAAGCCCAAAACGGCUUAGCUCCGCAUUAUUUGCAAGACCUGAUAGUGCCUUAUGUUCCUGUCAGAGCUCUCCGUUCUCAGAGUGCAGGUUUACUUGUAGUUCCUAGAGUAUCUAAAUGUAGAUUUGGAGGGCGGGCGUUCUGCUAUCAGGCGCCACUACUAUGGAACCAACUUCCAAUCUGGGUUAAGGAGGCUGACACCACCUCCACCUUUAAAACUAAACUUAAAACCUUUCUGUUUAGUAAAGCCUAUAGUUAGUGUUUAGUAAACCUCUAGCUGGUGUUGGUAAAUCUCUAGGUAGUGUAAACUUUAGUGUGUCAGAGUCGCUCCUGUGGUUUCUUGUGCUGGCCCCCCCCUUCUCCUCCCUUUUCUCUCUUUUGUCCAUGUUGCAGCAUCCUUUGCCGGACACCGGAACCUGCAGGUGGUCGUGGGUGGCUUGUAGCUUGCAUUACGGAGCACAAGUCUUUCCCCGACCCUGCACCCCAACCUGGGACUUGCUGAUUGGGCCGGAGCUUCGGGAGCUGCGUGCUGGCCUGCGGUCCCCACCCCUGGUCAUCCCGUUGCUGCCCCCCCCUUCU